CCGAGGCUAGGCGGGGUCCAUGGCUGUGUCGGGAGGCAAGGAGGGGGUGUCCCGGCCGGGCCCGGUCCGCCUGGAGCCCGGGGUCCGGCGGUCGCGGGAGUGGGCAGACCCCGAGCGGCUCCGCCUUCCCGGUCAAGGCCCGGCCCCCGCGCGCGCGCGCCCCGCCUCCUCUCCCGCAACCCCCACCCCCCGCCCCGGCUCCUCAACACAAACUUUCCGUCCCGCUCGCUCCCUCCUCCGCGCCCGGCGCCUCCCGCUCCAGCCCGGCUCAUUCCGCACAUUCCGGCCAGCCCCCUCCCCACGACCCCCCUUCCCCGGCCCCCCUCUCUCAGUCCCUCUCGGGCCCGGCGGAGCGGCCCGGCCGGAGCGCCCCCCCGAGCUCGGACCAGGCUCAGGCAGCCCAGUGGGCUCAGGCCCAGAGCCCGAAGCAACCAGCACAAUAGCGUCCAACAGCUGGAACGCCAGCAGCAGCCCCGGCGAGGCCCGGGAGGAUGGGCCCGAGGGCCUGGACAAGGGCCUGGACAACGAUGCCGAGGGCGUGUGGAGCCCGGACAUCGAGCAGAGCUUCCAGGAGGCCCUGGCCAUCUACCCGCCCUGCGGCCGCCGCAAGAUCAUCCUGUCGGACGAGGGCAAGAUGUAUGGUCGAAAUGAGCUGAUCGCACGCUACAUCAAACUGAGGACAGGGAAGACUCGGACGAGAAAGCAGGUGUCCAGCCACAUACAGGUUCUAGCUCGGAAGAAGGUGCGCGAAUACCAGGUUGGCAUCAAGGUCUCUAGCCACCUGCAGGUUCUAGCCAGGCGGAAAUCUCGAGAGAUUCAGUCCAAGCUGAAGGCCAUGAACCUGGACCAGGUCUCCAAGGACAAAGCCCUCCAGAGCAUGGCGUCCAUGUCCUCUGCCCAGAUUGUCUCCGCCAGUGUCCUGCAGAACAAGUUCAGCCCCCCCUCCCCUCUGCCCCAGGCCGUCUUCUCCACUUCCUCACGGUUCUGGAGCAGCCCCCCUCUCCUGGGACAGCAGCCUGGACCCUCUCAGGACAUCAAGCCCUUUGCACAGCCAGCCUACCCCAUCCAGCCACCCCUGCCGCCAACACUCAGCAGCUACGAGCCCCUGGCCCCACUGCCCCCAGCCGCUGCCUCUGUGCCCGUGUGGCAGGACCGCACCAUCGCCUCCUCCCGGCUGCGGCUCCUCGAAUACUCGGCCUUCAUGGAGGUGCAGCAAGACCCUGACACGUACAGCAAACACCUGUUUGUGCACAUCGGCCAGACCAACCCCGCCUUCUCAGACCCGCCCCUGGAGGCCGUGGAUGUGCGACAGAUUUAUGACAAGUUCCCCGAGAAGAAGGGAGGCCUGAAGGAGCUCUAUGAAAAAGGGCCCCCCAAUGCCUUCUUCCUCGUCAAAUUCUGGGCCGACCUCAACAGCACCAUCCAGGAAGGCCCUGGCGCCUUUUACGGGGUCAGCUCCCAGUACAGCUCUGCUGACAGCAUGACCAUCAGCGUCUCCACCAAGGUGUGCUCCUUCGGCAAGCAGGUGGUGGAGAAGGUGGAGACCGAGUACGCCAGACUGGAGAACGGGCGCUUCGUGUACCGCAUCCACCGGUCGCCCAUGUGCGAGUACAUGAUCAACUUCAUCCACAAGCUCAAGCACCUGCCAGAGAAGUAUAUGAUGAACAGCGUCCUGGAGAACUUCACCAUCCUGCAGGUGGUCACAAGCCGGGACUCCCAGGAGACCCUGCUGGUCAUUGCUUUUGUCUUCGAAGUCUCCACCAGCGAGCACGGGGCCCAGCACCACGUCUACAAGCUUGUUAAAGACUAGGGUUCCCUCAGGGCCCAUCACAAGGAUGCAGGACUGGCACCCCUGGGGGGUCCAGGAUCGAGGAUUCAUCCAUCCACCCAUGGAGCCUCAGGCCCAGGAUGCAGGCGACCUCCCCACCCAAGCCCAGCACACACACUCCCUGCCACUGUUCUGCGCUUUAAAGUGGAAGAGGAGGGAGGCUCUGCCAUGGGCAGCAGGCCCACUCCCACACAGCUCUGCUCAACCUCAAAUGACUACAGAGGGCUGGGGAUGAAGGACCCCUUCUGGGCUCCUGCAGGAUUGACUAUUGGCCACCCUAGGAGUGUGCAGUGGGAAGGAGUGGCAAGGUGGGUUCAGGAUGAGGGGGCCCCCCCUUUCCUGUCCCCCUCAGGGUGCUGUCCUCAGAACCUGCAGCAAGCUGGGCCCAUUAAGGCCCCAGGGAGAGCGACAGAGCCCUGGCUUACACUACCUCCCUGUGGCAGGGUGUGGUGCCUCACCGAGGGCCUGGAGAGCACCUCUGUGUGGUAGAG